GCCGCAGUUGACAGCCCUGAAGCGUCUCAUGAGGCUCUCCUCUCCCAAGCGCUGCGCACUUGGAACCAACGAGAGCCUGUGCGAGGGCUUGGGGACCCACGACUUUGAUGAUGUGUCAGACCAUGGACCACCUCCCGACGAGGCGGACCCUGAGGACAUGGAGCUGGAUAACAUCUUGCCCCAGUCGGAUGACGAAGGGGACGGCCAUCCGGACCGUUCACUGCCCCAGCGACAGGGAGUUCCUCCUGAUGUUCGUGGAUCCACUUUGGCAGUGGAUGAGUCAAUCAGGAGUCUUCCCAGGGAAGAAUCAUGGCAGAGUGAAGUUCCGACCUCUUUCUGGGCCAGCGAGCCAAAUCCCAAAUGGGAGUCGGCACACCGCACCGUGGAGCUCGCUUUCACCUUGCCGGAGACCAAAAACAAGCUCCAGCAGUUCAGUCGCGAUCCACUUCAGUUCUUCAUCAAGUCCCUGCGUCGGAAGUCGGUGGAGAUCUCAGAGCGUCGGAUGACCGAGGAUGAGAAAAUCGGGUUCAAGCAAGCAAAACACGUGGAGGUAAAAAAGUACCUCACCGCCAAAGCACUGGAAGCGCUCCCUGCGAGCAUGCGUCCUGACCGGUCGCAGGCACUCCGAAUGAGGUGGAUUCUGACAUACAAAACAGAUGAAACCACUGGCGAGAAAAAGCCGAAGGCAAGAGCGGUUUUGUUGGGGUACAUGGACCCGGAGUACUCCAACAGGCCCACCUUUGCGCCGACUAUGACGCGGACCAGCAGACAGUUACUACUACAGCUUUGUGCGUGGCAGGGAAUGACUUGCUGGAAAGGCGACGUAUCGGGGGCCUUUCUUCAGGGAAGGCCCUAUGAGCGGGAGCUCCACGUCAUACCGGUCCCAGAACUUUGUGAAGGACUGGGAUUGCCGCCAGAGUCGGUGUGUCUUCUCCGAAAAGCCUGUUACGGGCUGGUAGAAGCCCCUAUCGAGUGGUUUGAAACGGUGAACACCUUUCUGCACUCCAUAGGUUACAGACAGCUUCGCAGUGACCCGUGCACUUGGAUCUACACCCAGGACGACACCGUGAUCUCGAUCAUCAGUGGCCAUGUGGAUGACUUUUUAUUCACAGGGCGGCAGAACUGUCCCAUCUGGUGUGACCUGCAGAAGAAGAUCCAAGCUCAAUUUGACUGGCAGGUGUGGGAGAAAGAUAACUUCACACAGUGUGGAGUGUCCGUCUCUCGACGUGAAGAUGGGUCGUUUGAUCUCAGCCAGAAAUCAUAUGUCGAGGGCAUUCCAGAAAUCACUAUCUCCCGUGAUCGCAGGAGGCAGAAGCACGAGCCAACCACGGAGGCCGAGAAGAGUCAGCUCAGAGGCUUGCUCGGGGCCCUCAGUUGGCACGUGGGACAAGUGGGCUACAAGUUCAGUGCUCACGUGAGCCUUGGCCUAUCGGCCAGGGCAGCUAUCGAUGCAGAGGACAACUUGUAUCUUCUACGAUACGCUUGGGCGGAGUUCAAUGGCCACCAGGUGGAUGCUUGGCACCCCGAAGAACUUGUUAGCAAAGAGGGCAUGCAAGAGUUGAAAACUCUCAUGUCCAUGCAGCUGUGCACAGAAGUGAUGUCUGGGCACUGCGCAGGCAUUCCGGCCCUGAG